GGGCGGGGCCGGCUGCUCCCGCGCGCUCCGGCCCCUCCUCGGCCACACAAAGGCCGGUCUCCAUGGCAGCGGCGCGGGCCGGAGCGCAGCGCCGAUCACGGCCCGGGCGCCAUCGAACGUCGGCGGCGGACGUGCAGACCAAGAAAUGAGGCUCAGAGAAGCUAAGUAACUUGCCCAAGGUCACACAGCUAAGAGCCUCCAUGCCGGCCCAGAGCAGAGACUAACCAAGACUCCUGGAGCCUCGGGUCCCGGGGGCCAUGGCGCUGCAGCUCUGGGCCCUGAUGCUUCUGGGCCUGGUGGGCCCCGGCGUGGGCCUGCGACCCCGGAAGCUCCAGUUCUUCCGCAGCGAGACGGAGCUGAACCACCUGGCGGUGGACGGGGCGUCGGGGGUGGUGUACCUGGGCGCCGUGAACGCGCUCUACCAGCUGGGUGCAGACCUGACGCUGCAGCAGCAGGCGACCACGGGCCCCGCGCGGGACAACAAGAAGUGCACGCCCCCCAUCGAGCCCAGCCAGUGCCACGAGGCCGUGCCCACCGACAACGUGAACCAGCUGCUGCUGCUGGACCCGCCCGGGCAGCGGCUGGUGGAGUGCGGCAGCCUCUUCAAGGGCAUCUGUGCCCUGCGGGCGCUGAGUAACAUCUCCACGCGGCUCUUCUACGAGGACGGCAGCGGGGAGAAGUCCUUCGUGGCCAGCAACGAUGAGGGCGUGGCCACCGUGGGGCUGGUGGGGGCCACGGGCGUGGGUAGCGAGCGCGUGCUGUUCGUGGGCAAGGGCAACGGGCCGCACGACAAUGGCAUCAUCGUGAGCACCCGGCUGCUGGACCGCACGGAGGGCAGGGAGGCCUUCGAGGCCUACACGGACCACGCCACCUACAAGGCCGGCUACCUGUCCAGCAACACCCAGCAGUUCGUGGCCGCCUUCGAGGACGGCUCCUAUGUCUUCUUCGUCUUCAACCAGCAGGACAAGCACCCGCCACGCAACCGCACGCUGCUGGCACGCAUGUGCAAGAACGACCCCUUCUACUACUCCUACCUGGAAAUGGACCUGCAGUGCCUGGACCCCGGCCCCGGCCCAGACCCCAACCCCCCCUUUGCCACCUGCCUGGCCGCCUCCGUGGCUGCCCCCGAGGGCGACCCAGUGCUCUACACGCUCUUCACUCUCGAGGGCCGUGGUGGUGGGGGGCCCCGGGCCGGCCUCUGCUUGUUCCCCCUGGACAAGGUCCACGACAAGAUGGAGACCAAUCGGGAGUCCUGCUACACGGGCUCCCGGGAGGCCGGCCGGGACACUUUCUACAAACCCUUCCACGGCGAGAUCCAGUGUGGCGGCCACGGGCAGACGGCCAGCGAGAGCUUCCCAUGCGGCUCGGAGCACCUGCCCUACCCACUGGGCAGCCGGGAUGGGCUCACGGCCACAGCAGUGCUGCAGCGUGGAGGCCUCAACCUCACGGCUGUGACGGUGACCUCCGAGAAUGGCCACACCGUGGCCUUCCUGGGCACCUCGGAUGGCCGUAUCCUCAAGGUGUAUCUCGACCCCGAUGGCACCUCUGCUGAGUACGGCUCCAUCCUCGUGGAGAUCAAUAAGAAGAUCAAGCAGGACCUGGUGCUGUCCGCAGACGGUGCCAGCCUGUAUGCCAUCACCCAGGACAAGGUGUUCCUGCUCCCGGUGCAGGAGUGUCUGAGCUAUGCCACCUGUGCCCAGUGCCACAGCUCACAGGACCCCUACUGCGGCUGGUGUGUCGCGGAGGGACGGUGUACCAGGAGGGCUGAGUGCCCUCGGGCUGCCGAGCAGGGCCACUGGCUGUGGAGCCGAGCCGAGUCAUGCGUGACGAUCACUGGGGCACUGCCACAGAACAUGAGUCGGCGGGCGCAGGGCGAGGUCUUCCUGACCAUCAGCCCCCUCCCGGCCUUGAGUAAGGAGGAUGAGCUGCUGUGCCACUUUGGGGACUCCCCGCCCCAGCCUGCCCGUGUGAAAGGGGACACUGUGGGUUGCUACUCCCCAAACAGCAUUCCGCCCACGCUGCCCGGCCAAGACCACGUGGACGUGAGCAUCCAGCUCCUCUUCAAGCACGGCAAUGUCUUCCUCACUUCCCACCUGUACCCCUUCUACGACUGCCGGGAGGCCAUGAGCCUGGAGAAGAACCUGCCGUGCAUCUCCUGUGCCAGCAACCAGUGGACCUGCCAGUGGGACUUGCGCUACCAUGAGUGCCGGGAGGCCUCCCUCAACCCCGAGGACGGCGUCAUCCGUGCCCACAUGGAGCACGAUUGCCCCCAGUUCCUGAACCCCAGCCCGCUGGUCAUCCCUAUGAACCACGAGACAGACGUGACCUUCGAGGGCCAGAACCUGGACACAGCAAAGGCCUCCUCUCUGCAUGUGGGCAGCGAGCUGCUUGGGUUCGAGGUGCCAGUGAGCCUGCAGGAGACGGGCGUCUUCUCCUUCCGGACCCCAAAGCUGUCCCACGACACCAAUGAGACACUAGCCCUGCACCUGUACGUCAAGUCCCACGGCAAGAACAUCGACAGCAAGCUCCAAGUCACCCUCUACAACUGCUCCUUCGGCCGCAGUGACUGCAGCCUCUGCCUGGCGGCCGACCCCACCUACCGCUGUGUGUGGUGUGGCGGGCAGAAUCGGUGCGUGUACGAGGCUCAGUGUAGCAACGCCACCUCCGAAUGCCCACCGCCGGUCAUCACCAGGAUCCAGCCCGAAACGGGCCCCCUGGGUGGGGGUAUCCGCCUCACCAUCCUCGGGUCCAACCUGGGCGUUACCGCAGAUGACGUGCAAAGGGUGACUGUGGCGGGCCGCAGCUGUGACUUUGAGCCCGAGCGCUACUCCGUGUCCACCCGGAUUGUGUGUGUCAUCACAGCAGCAGAGGAGCCCUUCUCGGGGGGCGUCGAGGUAGAGGUCAAUGGGAAGCUUGGCCACUCGCCACCGGAUGUCCAGUUCACGUACCAACAGCCACAGCCCCUGAGCGUGGAGCCAAAGCAGGGCCCCCAGGCAGGUGGGACCACGCUGACCAUCAGCGGCAUCCACCUGGACACGGGCUCCCAGGAGGACGUGCAGGUCUCCAUCCAAGGCAUCCCCUGCAAAGUGACACAGUUUGGAGCGGAGCUGCAGUGUGUCACCGGCCCACAGCCAACCCUGGGGGAACUGCCCCUGGACAUCUCCUACGGGGGCUCGCCAGUGUCUGGCCCUGGCGUCACCUUCACCUACCGCGAGAACCCCGUCCUGCGGGCCUUCAUGCCCCUGCGAAGCUUCGUCAGUGGCGGCCGGAGCAUCAACGUCACCGGGGAGGGCUUCAGCCUGAUCCAGAAGUUCUCCAUGGUGGUCCUCGCAGAGCCCCUGCAGACCUGGCGGCAGCGCCGGGAAUCUGGACCCCUGCAGCCCACCACGGUGGUAGGCACCGAGUACGUGUUCUACAACGACUCCAAGGUCAUGUUCCUGUCCCCCGCGGUGCCCGAGGACCCCGAGGCCUACAACCUCACGGCCCUCAUCCAGAUGGACGGGCACCGUGCCCUGCUCAGGACUGAGGCCGGCGCCUUCGAGUACGUGGCCGACCCCACCUUUGAGAACUUCACAGAUGGCGUCAAGAAGCAGGUCAACAAUCUCAUCCACGCCCGGGGCACCAACCUGAACAAGGCCAUGACGCUGCAGGAGGCCGAGGCCUUCGUGGGUGCGGAGCGCUGCAUCAUGAAGACGCUGACCGAGACGGACCUGUACUGUGAGCCCCCCGAGGUGCAGCCCCCGCCUAAGCGGCGGCAGAAACGGGAUACGGCGCACAACCUGCCCGAGUUUAUUGUGAAGUUCGGCUCCCGGGAGUGGGUGCUGGGCCGCGUGGAGUAUGACACGCGGGUCAGUGACGUGCCCCUAAGCCUCAUCUUGCCACUGGUCAUCGUGCCCAUGGUGUUGGUCAUCGUGGUGUCCGUCUAUUGCUACUGGAGGAAGAGCCAGCAGGCGGAGCGUGAGUACGAGAAGAUCAAGUCUCAGCUGGAAGGCCUGGAGGAGAGCGUGCGGGACCGCUGCAAGAAGGAGUUCACAGACCUGAUGAUCGAGAUGGAAGACCAGACGAACGACGUGCAUGAGGCGGGCAUCCCCGUGCUGGACUACAAGACCUACACGGACCGCGUCUUCUUCCUGCCCUCCAAGGACGGCGAUAAGGACGUGAUGAUCACCGGCAAGCUGGACAUCCCCGAGUCCCGGCGGCCGGCCGUCGAGCAGGCCCUCUACCAGUUCUCCAACCUGCUCAACAGCAAAUCUUUCCUCAUCAACUUCAUCCACACCCUGGAGAACCAGCGCGAGUUCUCCGCCCGGGCCAAGGUCUACUUCGCGUCCCUGCUGACGGUGGCGCUGCACGGGAAGCUCGAGUACUACACGGACAUCAUGCGCACCCUCUUCCUCGAGCUCAUGGAGCAGUACGUGGUGGCCAAGAACCCGAAGCUGAUGCUGCGCAGGUCGGAAACGGUGGUGGAGCGGAUGCUAUCCAACUGGAUGUCCAUCUGCCUGUACCAGUACCUCAAGGACAGCGCUGGCGAGCCCCUGUACAAGCUCUUCAAGGCAAUCAAGCACCAGGUGGAGAAGGGCCCGGUGGACGCUGUGCAGAAGAAGGCCAAGUACACGCUCAACGACACGGGUCUGCUGGGGGACGAUGUGGAGUACGCGCCCCUGACAGUGAGUGUGAUUGUCCAGGACGAGGGUCUCGACGCCAUCCCCGUGAAGGUCCUCAACUGCGACACCAUCUCCCAAGUCAAGGAGAAGAUCAUCGACCAGGUGUACCGCACUCAGCCCUGUUCCCGCUGGCCCAAGGCGGACAGCGUGGUGCUAGAGUGGCGACCCGGCUCCACCGCCCAGAUCCUGUCGGACCUGGACCUCACCUCCCAGCGGGAGGGUCGCUGGAGGCGCAUCAACACGCUGAUGCACUACAAUGUCCGGGACGGAGCCACCCUCAUCCUGUCAAAAGUGGGCGUCUCGCAGCAGCCUGAGGACAGCCAGCAGGACCUGCCUGGGGAGCGCCACGCCCUCCUGGAGGACGAGAACCGCGUGUGGCACCUGGUGCGGCCCACGGACGAGGUGGACGAGGGCAAGUCCAAGCGCGGCAGCGUGAAGGAGAAGGAGCGCACCAAGGCCAUCACGGAGAUCUACCUGACGCGCCUGCUCUCGGUCAAGGGCACGCUGCAGCAGUUCGUGGACAACUUCUUCCAGAGCGUGCUGGCCCCGGGACACGCCGUGCCGCCCGCGGUCAAGUACUUCUUCGACUUCCUGGACGAGCAGGCGGAGAAGCACGACAUGCGGGACGAGGACACCAUCCACAUCUGGAAGACCAACAGUUUACCGCUGCGGUUCUGGGUGAACAUCCUCAAGAACCCGCACUUCAUCUUUGACGUACAAGUGCACGAGGUGGUGGACGCGUCCCUGUCGGUCAUCGCACAGACCUUCAUGGACGCCUGCACGCGCACGGAGCACAAGCUGAGCCGAGACUCCCCCAGCAACAAGCUGCUCUAUGCCAAGGAGAUCUCUACCUACAAGAAGAUGGUGGAGGAUUACUACAAGGGGGUCCGGCAGAUGGUGCAGGUCAGCGACCAGGACAUGAACACACACUUGGCAGAGAUUUCCCGGGCCCACACGGACUCCCUGAACACCCUGGUCGCCCUGCACCAGCUCUACCAAUACACGCAGAAGUACUACGACGAGAUCAUCAGUGCCCUGGAGGAGGACCCGGCUGCCCAGAAGAUGCAGCUGGCCUUCCGCCUCCACCAGAUCGCAGCUGCCCUGGAGAACAAGGUCACGGACCUUUGACCCCCCCCCCACUCUGUUGCCGCGGAUCGCCGCAGGCACAGCUGUGUGGCCCCGGAGCCACGCGUGGGGGCCUGCGGGCUGAGGCCAGUGUGUGGGCUCAGCCCUUCUCUGGCAGCAGGGGAAGAAAGAGCCCCUGGGGGCAGGCAUCUCGAGCGACCCCUCCCAGCAAUACACCAGCACCAGCUCCCUCCUGCAGAACCAGCGUCCAGCGGCGGCUCGUCCAGUCUCCAGAGCGAGCCCCUGGGCUCGCAGAUGUGCCUUAGGCCCCUGGCGCCACGCUGGGCUCCUGGGGGCCGAAGUCCCUCCCAGCACCAGCAGCCGCCUCACAUUCCUGGGUUUGCCACUUUGUGUGUCUGUGGGGGGGUCAGUGCCUGCAGCCCCCAGGGCCGAGGGUCCAGCCUGCCCUCCGGAAGGGAGGAGAAAAGCGGUACGAAGCCUCCUGACCUCACCUGGCCCGCCUCGCAAGGUGCCAGCGUCCCCACUGACUCUUGGCCCAGGGCCCCACCUCCAAGGUCAAGCUGGACGUCCAACGUCGAGGCCCAAAUGGCCAGAGGGGACCCAACAGACUGGGCACCCCGGCCUGUCAGACAGGCGCUGAGAGGCUGCCAGGCCGGGGCAGCGGAACCCCCCACCCCUCUCCCUUUUGUAAGUUUUAACGUGACUCAAAUACAACUGUCUUUUUCACUCUG